CUUCAUCCUGCCAGACCAGACAACUCUUACAGCUCCACACUCAUUUAAUCCAGCCUUCUCAAAAAUUUCAUCGCCUUCACAAUGCGGUCCGCCUCCAUCCUCGUCGCCCUCGCCGCCCUCGCCGGCAUGACCGCCGCCAAGCGCGACUGCAGAAGAGACAAAGCCAACCCCGGCCUGGGCUGGUACUGGAUCGUCCAGGGCGACACCCUCAACGACAUCGCGAAGGACCUGGACACCAGUGUGCAGAAGAUCGUAGACCUGAACGACUUCAUCACGAACCCAGACUCCAUCCCGUCCUGGAAGACCAUCGUCGUUCCCUGCAAGCCUUAGGCGGCGGGACACAACUGAGCGACUGUUUACGGGCACACGGUGAUACCAGCGGGACCGACCCAACCCAACUACGAAAUGCUGGAGAUUUGGAUGCCGAACCCAAGUCGGAGGAAAGGCGUUGGAUCAUCGUUCUGAAAGUGCUCUCAACUUCGAAGGAUAUGAGACGGACGUUUCAAUGUUUCCCGAGGACCGUUACUAUUGACGAAAUACUUAAUCUGGCUGAAACGGCCUUCCUAAUUUAUAAACUCACGUUUCGUGGCCGAACCACGGAGACGUUUGCUCUUGAACCUGUGCAACCCAGAUACAUC